AUGUUUACAAUUGCGAAAGGACAAUCUGUGCCAAAAGAUGGUAAUUGGCAUGGUCGAAUUGAAGUGGGAGGACAAUUCCCACCCGAAAAUAAUCGAUACCACUUACACAUUGGAUUGUUCUGCCCAUUCGCUCACCGAGUGAACCUAAUUCGACACCUCAAAGGUCUCACCUCCAUUCUCCCGAUAUCCAUUGUCAAACCCUAUCCAAAAGGUGACGACAAAGGUUGGCCUGGGUGGAAAUUCGCAACGGAAACUGAUCCAUACCCCGGCGCAACCGAAGACCAUCUCUUCCAUUCCGAAUACCUUCACGGAGUAUAUUUCCGCGCUCAGAAAGAAUACCAAGGGAAAUAUUCGGUGCCCGUUCUAUGGGACAAGAAGACAAAUCAGAUUGUUUGCAAUGAAAGCUUGGAGAUACUGCGGAAUCUGAGUACUGGGUUUGAUAGCAUAUUGGACGAUAAGUACAAGAAAUUGGACUUCUAUCCCGAUCAUUUGGCCACGGACAUAGAUGAUAUAGGAGAAUGGAUGCAAAACGACAUCAACACCGGAGUGUACAAGGCUGGAUUUGCACCGGACCAAGAAACAUAUGACAUAAAUGUUGUGCCAUUAUUCAACGCCCUCAAUCGAAUUGAAGGUAUCAUCAAGAAGAAUGGAGGUCCAUAUGUUUUGGGGUCAAAAAUGACAGAAUUGGAUUUGAGAUUGUACCCCACGAUUUGUCGCUUCGAUGCUGUGUAUGUGCAACAUUUCAAGUGCAACCUGGGAACGAUUCGUCAUGAUUAUCCGGUCUUGAAUGCAUGGUUGAAGCAUUUAUAUUGGGAGGUAGCGGGGUUCAAAGAAACUACUAAUUUCAAACAUAUCAAGGAGAAUUACACGAAGAGCCAUGCCGACAUCAAUCCAAAGGCUAUUACGCCAAUGGGUCCUAUUCCUAAUAUUGAAAGCGGAGUUGAACAGGAUUGGAGUAAAUUGGUAGCAGGUAGGGUCGCAGCAGAUUGA